AUGGUUGCCAAGAAAAAGAAGAAGUAUUCCUCGGGUGAAGGAGCGCAGUUUAUGACCAGAAAAGCUGCAUUAAAAAAGCUGCAACUGUCAUUAAGAGAUUUUCGACGUAUUUGCAUUUUAAAAGGAAUUUAUCCUCGGGAACCAAGAAAUCGCAAAAGAGCUCAAAAAGGAGCUGGUGGCAUCAAAACCCUAUAUCACACAAAGGAUAUAAAAUUCUUAUUACACGAACCUAUAAUAUGGAAACUUCGAGAUUUAAAGGUUUAUCAACAAAAAAUCCGCAAAGCUCGUGCCAUGCGAGAAUAUCGAAAGAUGAGAAAAUAUUUCAGAGAUUAUCCUGAAGUAAAUAUUGAUCAUAUAGUUAAAGAAAGAUAUCCAACAUUUGUAGAUGCUUUGAGAGACCUAGACGACUGUUUGACACUGUGCUUUUUAUUCAGCACUUUUCCUUCUCUCAAGAAAGUGCCUCGCGAUCAAUCUCUUCUCUGUAGAAGACUAACUGUUGAGUUUAUGCAUGCAGUGAUUGCUGCUAAAGCUCUACGUAAAGUAUUUGUUUCAGUUAAAGGUUAUUAUUAUCAGGCAGAAAUUGAAGGACAAACAAUCACAUGGAUUGUACCACAUCAUUUCUCAUUCCAGCCUCAAAACAAAGAUGAAGUGGAUUUCAAAAUUAUGUCAACAUUUGUUGAAUUCUAUAUUAUGAUGUUGGGAUUUGUUAAUUUCAAAUUAUACCACUCUCUGAAUCUGGUAUAUCCUCCUAAAUUAACAAGUGCUUUUAAUUCUGAAACUGAGAAAGAUCUUGUUGAUGAAAAUGCUUAUGUCGCUGAGAGGAUAGCUGCCAUGAACCUUUCAGUUGCUAAAAUUGCAGGAGCAAAUGAAGCAGAGGAACUGCCAGAAAUUGAUAUAUUCAACACAGAGGAUACUGAUCCACAAAAAUUGGAAGAAGCUAAACUUGAAGCUGAGAAGGUGAAAACACUAAAAACAAUGUUUAAAGGCCUUAAAUUUUUCAUUAAUAGAGAAGUGCCUCGAGAGCCUCUAGUGUUUAUAAUUCGUUGUUUUGGGGGUGAAGUAUCUUGGGAUAAAGACCACUUUGUCGGAGCCACCUUUGAUGAGUCUGAUGAAUCUAUUGCUUAUCAAAUAGUUGACAGGCCAAGUAUGGACAAACAAUAUCUUUCUAGGUAUUAUAUUCAACCACAGUGGGUAUUUGAUAGUGUUAAUGCUAGAACCCUAUUACCAAUCAAUAAGUAUUUGAUGGGAGCAGUUUUGCCACCGCAUUUGUCACCAUUUGUUGAUAAAAUUAAGGAUCAAGUUUACAUUCCUCCAGAAGAAAGAGCGCUUAAAGAUCCUAACUUUAAACCUUUAGAUGAUGAUGAUCCUUCAGAUGAAGAGAUUGAAGAAGCUAGUGAUGAAGACAAAGAUGAAGAAGAAGAGGAAGAAAGUGAAGAAGAUGCUGAAGGUGCACUAACAAAGCAAUACCAACAAGAGGUAGAACAAGAUUCCACAUCAGGAAGUGAAGAUGAUGAAGAUGGUGUAGAUCCAGAGAAAAAGAAACUAGCUAAAGAAAAGAAAAAGGCCAUGGCAGUUACAACAGGUGUACCACAUAAGGAGCAUCCAUAUCAAAAACAGAUAGAGGAUAAACAGGCAUUCAGGCUGAGGGAAAAACUUGUACAUAAGAAACACAGGAAUCUUUAUAAGAGCAUGAAAGCUGGCCAAGAACAAAGGAAGAAGGAUAUAUGGCUUCUAAGGAAAAAGAGGCGUCUUCACGACGAAAAAGUAAAACAGGACAAAAAGGCAGAAAAACGUAAAGAAAGAAUAAAAGCUAUAGAAGCUGCAUCUGCU